UAUUAGCAGAGGCUCAACGAAUUUUAAAACAUAAAAAGUAUAAAAUACAGUUUUUAUUAAAUAUUUUUAACGCAUUAACACCAAUUUGUGCGUAAUAGUGAGCGCAGAACGCCUGAGAAUUAACUCAGCUAUUUUGCGAGGUACUUAAAAAUAUUUCCGUUCCAAAGCGCUAGGAGUUUGAUAUGGCUGUGAAAAAUACGAAUUACGCUGUGCUAUCAGUUUUGUUGCCGGCAUUGUUCUCAUCCUGUUCGGCCAUCAAGUGCUUCGAGUGCAACAGCGCGAACAACUCAGCCUGUCUCGAGAUGCACAACCCUCGGAUGCAGGCCAUCGUGCCGGUGGUGGACUGCGGCCAGUCCGUCCCCAACGCCAUCAGCAAGGAAUUCUUCUGCAGGAAGAUCACCCAGACCAUUCUCCACAUAGACAAGACCCCUGAAGUCCGAGUGACCCGCACCUGUGGUUGGGUCAAGCACAAGCGGGAGUGCUACAAGGCUGACAACAGUGACCACCUGGAAACCGUGUGCCAGUGCUUUGGAGACAUGUGCAACGCGGCCGCCAUGUUGGAUUACGUCAAAGUGACAGUUCUUGGCGCCCUCACCGCCAUCUUGGUUUGCUACCAAAAUUGGCGGGGAAAAGUUUGAAACUUUUUUGACAAUGGACUAUUUUAUGAUUUCGAGAACUUCUUAAACUUACAUUAAUUAUUAUUUUAUUUACGUUCUUAAAUUACUAAGUACAAGUACCUACCUAACGCAGUAUGUUCCUAAGAAUUUUCGGGUUUCAAUCAAAGAUCAAUAAUGAGAUUGAGAUACUUAUUUACGAAUUACAUUAUUUUGUUAAUUAAUCGUAACAUAUUGUACAAAUUAGAAAAUAUAAUAUGUCGCCAACAAUAAACAUGUGAUAAUAAUAAUCGACAAAGUAAUAAAAAAUCAUUACCUACA